AUGUCGAAGGAAGACGCCACCGAGUCCGACCCCUCCUCAAGGGAGUCAUCGGAGGCAUCAGAAGCCCGAUCAACGGCAAGACGGUCUAGCUCGGCCAAGAAGACGUCGAAGACGUCGAAACCGCGCCUCACAGCAAGCCAGAAGAGUUUCAACCAUAAGGAUGCCGAAAACAAACGAAGAACAGCGAUCAGAGAACGCUUCACCGAGCUCUCACGUAUGGUGCCAGGGGCUCUAGGCCAGGAACGGAGUGAGCAAGUCAUGUUAGCGAAGACGACGGAUUUCCUCCGGGAAAUGCUCCUGGAACAACGGCGGCUUGAGGCGAUCGCCGAUGAGCAGGGAAUCCAGAUUGACGAUGAGGGAAGGCUGAAGGACAUUGACCUUGGGGGAACGGAGUGGAAGGCGACCAAUAUGGAGCAAUAUGAAGCCAGUAAGCAGAAAAGAGUCUCUGGAGUCGGGCCAAGUGGCAGCAAAGAGGAAGACCACGACUAG